ACAUAGUGCUGGAGAACAAAGCGACUGGAGGAGGGAGAUGGCAAAACCGCGGCAUCAGCGACCCACUGUGCAUCGCCCCCUUAUCUAGGACCGUUUGCUCGUUAAGAGGAGUUUCUGUUAUCGACAAGAUGAGCCUGUGUGACGUUUGUUCAGAUCUGCUUAAAGAUGUGGUAGCCUUGGUGCAAAGAGCUUCUGCUCAUAUUGUGCAGAGAAUACGCGAUUGUAUUGCGUCUUUGACCAGGUGCCCCUGUUUGAAGAAGGACAAAGAGAACCUGGGUAAGGAUCGUGAGCCCGUUCUUCAGAGGCAUGAAAGAGAAGCAGCACAGGAGUUUCUUCAGCACUUGGACACAGAAAGUGACCAGCCUCUCCUUAAUCAGCAAUGCCUCCAUGCCCUGAAGACGCUGUCCAUUUCGGAAAACCCCAAAUUACAACAAUCAGCUGCAAUUUACUACUUGCACAUUAGUCAGCAGGGGAUUACUCAAUUGCCCCCCAAAUUCUUGGAAUGUUACCACGCAUUAUUGCAGUCGCAUGACUUAGAAGUACAAAAAAUCACAUCCUUGUCACUUGUUAAUCUGCUCACUGAAGAGAAGGUGACAAAGGAAACAGUAGUGCAGAUGGGGCUUCUAGAGCCCAUCUUAGAGCUGCUUGGGUCUGGAGACCAAACUGUUCAGUGCAACUCCUGUGCAUGUGUGGCUAUGUUGGCAACUUCAGCCUCUAACAGGGAAGCCAUUGUGUCUAUAGGUGGAAUUUUACCACUACUAGUUCUUUGCAAAUCUUAUGAACCACGAGUGCAGCAGAAUGCCAUUGGUGCCAUACUGAAUCUCACCAGAUCUGAGACGACCAGAGAAGUCUUGUGUAAAGAAGGAGCCCUCCCGCUCCUCAUGAUUUUACUUCAGUCUCCUGAUUCUGAAAUUCAGUAUUACAGCUGUGCCGCCCUCAGCAACAUUGCCACCUGCUCUGGGCACCACAUGGCCCUGCUGCAGGUUGGGAACUGCUUUCUGCUUAAGACUUUGCUGUCCCUCAUGCUGUCCUCUGUUGAAAAGAUCUGCUGUCAGUCAUGUUGUUGCCUACGAAAUUUGUCUGUGAAUGUGCACACCCAGGAGGACAUGAUAUCCAUGGGUUGUAUUAAACAGCUGGCGGCUCUGCUCCAAAGCUCCAGUAAGGCAGUGUGGGAAUCGGCCGUCACUCUCCUCAGCGCCUUGUCACAGCAUCCCCCCAACAGGGACGAGAUUGUGAAUGAAGGAAUUCUGGAGACACUCGGAAAAUGGCUGCUGCAAAGUGACGGAAACUGCAUGAUCGUCUUCAGCCACAUCUCACUGGUCCUUAAAAACCUAAAUGACAGUAAAUAUCUUCAGGCAUUGAUUAACAGUAAGUGCGUCAACGGAAUAAUCAAGACCUUCACUUUGACUACCUGUACUGAGAAUACGGAAGAACCCCUGCUUUCUAUGACUAAAUGUUUAAAAGAACUUGCAGAAUUUGAAAUUAUAUCAUUGCAUAUUGGAGAUUUACUGGAAUCUGAACAGAUACAACAUCUCGUAAGUUUGGCUAUUCAACAGGAGAGUGCGGAGGUGGCCUUUCAUGCUGCGUGUAUCAUCCGUCAAAUGCAAGCACAUGGUCAAGUGAACCAGUUGCUGAAACGUCACACUGCCAACAUUUUAAGAUACCUGCUACAGUUUCUGCGGAGCCAAGAAAUUGGACUACAGCAGCUGGCAAUAAGCACUCUCUGUCAACUGAAAGAGGAUGCAGACUUUUCUGCGGCCAUCCAGAUGAGUCCCAUCCUGGAGCAGCUUCAUAAAGUUCAGAAGCAAACUGACAAAACACAGGAUCUGCUGAGAAUGGCCAUGCUGUCCUCAAGCAAAGGCGAUGGCGAGGAAAACAGCGAACUGUAAGCUGUGCCCUAAAUUAUGGAUGCCAUAUGAGCAAACUUCAGCAGGAAUGAGAGCCUCUUCAAGAACAUGAAAUGUCCUCAACUACUCGUCGAGCAUCAACUACGAAGUAAAAGAGGUGCACAUUAAUGUUUGUGCUUGAGGCUGAGGCUUCCACGUAGAGUAAAACGAGACUUGGAAAUCACAAGUGAAGAACCAAGGGCACUGAUUCCCUUGCAUUCUGAUCAACAGUGGAAUUCUUCAAUAUUUACAAGGACAUUCCAAAUGUAGUCAGAUGUUUCACUUUUUUGUAGUUUAUGUUUGAGCAACACUGUGAAACGGGAGACCCCAUCAUUUCACAAUUAGUAGCGGUCUUCCUCAGGGUCUGUGAUCCUCCUGACCGGCGCUCCCUCAGACUCUGUUGUUAUUUUUGAGGUGCCUUGCUCACCUCCUGUCCUCUUUCAUACUUAUCGUUUAUGAAGGUGACUCUCAGUGUGCCUCCUCCACCUUUACUCCUCCUUGUGCAUCUCACACUCACACUUCCAAGACAAACUGACCAAUCAGAUUGCUCUGAGGCACCAGGCGUGCACACACACACACACACACUUUAACAUUUUUACACAUAUUGUAGGUAUCUGUGCUAAGAUACUUUUUAAAAUACUGUUGUUCCUGCAUUUGCUUUGCUAUCA